UCAAGCCCAGCAUUCAAAUUCUAACCCAAAACCGAGUUCAAAGUCAAGACCCAGAAUUUUCUGAGAAAUAUUCUCAGGAUUGUAUUCAAAUGUAAGUAGUAGGUGAGUGGGCCAGCGUGGUCCAGCGGAGUGCAAUCGGUCCAUGACCCGCGCGCGGCGGCGGCGGCGGCGCGGCGGGCCAGUCCGCGGCCGCCCCCCGACGCGCGCGCACGCGACAUGCCCGCUCGACACCCGGCGCCCACGCACCCACCCCCGUGCGACACGAAAGUGGCCCCUUUCCCGCUGUUGUGACCCAAUAAUGAACCCGUGAACCUAUUUUAUUGCAAACGCUUAAGUUCUCACGUGACAGUGCUCACCGAAAGUGGCCAAUUUUCUGGGAUUUUCUCGUGUUCCGCAAGGAUUAUCCGCAUAAUGAGAUCGCCGUGGGUGGCGGCGUGCCUCGCGCUGCUGGCGCUGGGCGCGGCGCGCGCGCAGUGUCCGUGGUCCACGCCGGCGCUGCAGGCCGCCUGCGUGUGCGCGCUCAACCUCGCCCGGGACCUGUCCGUGCAGUGUGACCAGGUGGACUUCCCAACUUUGCUGGAGGCUCUCAACACAAGCGCUCGCAACGUACAGAUUGAUCUCCUCUACAUCAAUAACUCAACCAUCCCCGUCCUGUCUAACAACAUAUUUGUGAAUCUUAAAAUACACAAUGUACAAAUAUCCGGAUGCAAAGUACGCAAGAUAGAAGAUGACGCUUUCAGAGGACAAGGACCUUAUCUCAAGAAUCUGAACUUGCAAGACAAUAAUCUCCAAGAAGUACCAGUGAAAGCUCUCAAAAUAUUGAUCAACUUGUCUUUACUGGAUUUGUCCAAGAAUAAAAUUUCACAAAUAGCAAACCACUCAUUUAUAACGCUUCGCAAGUUGACUACGCUGAAACUAUCGGAUAAUGACGUCUCGUUAUCACCGCAUGCUUUUACCGGAUUAGAAAACUCUCUGAAGAACCUCAACCUCAAGGGCACCAAGCAAAAAGUGGUCCCCCAGUGCAUACAAGGACUGCGUAGUCUAGCGUUCCUGGACCUGUCACAGAACAGCAUACGCGAGCUGCCAGGCCCUGAUGGAAUGCUAACAUUUGCUGGUCUAGAAUCACUCACAGCUCUUAAUUUGGAAAGAAAUAUUAUACACAGUCUGGAAGAAAACGCCUUUGCUGGAAUAAAGGAGACAUUGAGUUCUUUGAGCCUUCUGAAUAAUCUUCUGCCCGAAUUUCCAUCAGCAGCUAUCGGAACUUUGAGAGAACUGAGAGUUCUGGAUAUUGGGUUUAACUUGCUGAAUAAACUUCCUGCGGACGCAUUCCUGAAUAACCCCUCGAUAACAUUACUGGCUUUGGAUGGCAAUCCUCUGCCGACGGUUCCGGAGGAAGCGCUGGCGCACCUCAACCACACGCUGCGGGGGCUCAGCCUCGGCGGCCGCUUCCUCAACUGCGACUGCCGCCUGCGCUGGGUCAUCGAGUGGAUCCGCAACGGGGAACUGCAAGUCACUUCUCGCGAGAGGAAUCCUCAGUUCUGUGGCAGCCCGCAGCACUUCAGAGAACGUGGGUUUUACAGUCUAGAGCCCAGCGAAUUGGUAUGUGAAAAUGAGGUCCCUAAUGAACAAACGGCGAGACCUAAGAAGGAAAGUGUUGAUUGGAACAGUAUGAGCGUGCCGUCUUCAUCGUCCACGACCACGACCACCGAGCGAGUGUGGAGCACCAGCACGAGCGAGGCGGCCGAGACCACCGCCACCGCCAGCACCACUGAGGGGGCCACGCGGCCCAGCCCGCCCAGCAGCGAGCCGCCCGCCCCCGCGCCGCCCGCCGCCCCCGUCGCGCCCGCCGGCCCCGCCACGCGGCCCCCGCCCCGCCUCGCCGCGCCCGCCUGGCGACACGCGCCGCACCAGCGACCGCCCGUCAUCAUGAACUUCCCUCCGCAGAAAAAUAAAGUGGACGACUCCAACGAGGUCAUCGUCAAGAACGCCUACAGACAAGACAACUCCGUCAUCAUCCAGUGGGACUCCAACGUCGCGAACAUCCUCGGUUUCCGAGUCGUGUACCGCCUGUUUGGAGAUAAGACCUUCAAACAAGGACCUCCGCUGGAGGCUAGCGAGAGGGAAUUCAAAAUUAAGAACGUACCGUCUCAGGAGUGCAUCGUGGUGUGCGUGAUCUCGCUGGAAGAGGUGCACGUGAGCCCGGAGUCGGUCCCCUACGCGCAGUGCCGCGAGGUGCGCACGGUGUCGGCCGCCGCGUCCAACAUGGACAAGAUCACCAUCGCCGCCAGCGCCGCCAUCUGCGGCACCAUCGUGGUGGCCGUGCUGGUGUUCGCGGCGGCGUCGCGGCGGCGCGCGCGCACCGUGCACCGCCUGCAGCCCGCCAAGCUGCACCCCGCGUGCUGCGGCGCCGAGCCCAGCCCCGGCCCGCCGCUCUCCUCGCUCGCCACCAUGGGCGCCUUCGGCAAACAGCGUGAGUGGGAUCAAGUGUCCGCCUAUAGCGCACGUUCGAUCCCGCGAGCACGAACCUAUACUGAACUGGCACCCCCCGAUCCCCUCCCGGGCCGGCCGGGCCGCGCGCGCUCUCUCGCCGACGGUCAGUCGCAGCACAGCUAUUCUCAAACCGGCCGCUACGGACCCCCGGGCUACCCCGGCAGCCUGUUAGGAUCGCGAGCCGACCUGCGGCAGUCGCGUCAGUCGCUGGGAGCGGCGUCGGAGCGCGCGUCUCGGCUGUCGCUGAGCGGCGCGGCGGGCGGCGCGGGCGGCGCGCGCGAGGGCCCGGGCGGCUCGCGGCGGCGCCCCCGCUCCCGCUCGCGCCCCGCGUCGCGCUACAGCGUGGGCUCGCUGGGGCUCGGCUACUGCGACACGUCGGACAACUGGACGGACCACGACAUGGACAUCUACAUGGCUCGCAACGCGACGGCGCGCGGCGGGCUGGUGCCGUUAUAGCGGUCUCGCAGCGGCGCGGGGGCGGCGCGGGCGCGGGGGGCGACGCCUCGCGCGCGCUGCUCGCCGCCGCGGGCGCGCUGCACCUCGUGGUGCGCGGCUGACCCCCCCGCCGCCCCCGCGCCGCGCCCGCCCCGCGCGCCGCACGACAGCCCGCCCUGGGACCGCCUGUCCGACUCUGCCCGCGACUCUGCUAACUGAGCCCCCGCCCCCGCCCCCGCGCCCCCGCUCUCGCUGCUCCAGCAAGAGUGCAGUCUUUGUGAAGUUUGUAACAUCAGUCGUCGUUAGGUACGGUGAGAUAGGUCUAUGUUGAUGCUUCAACCCUGUACCUACCUUCCUUGCCAGCACGCUACCUCACCCGUAUGGGUCCGUAUAUGAAUUUCAGAGAGUAUUACAUUAUUGUCUGAAGUUCGACAGGUACACGACGAUGUGCGACCGUUGCAGUUCUAUCUCAACAGCUCCUUGAGAUGGAACUUCAACGAAACUCUUUCUUUUCUAGACCAUUAGAAUAUUAUUAUAAGUAGUAACUUUUUUGUAUUAUGUUUAAGAGAAACCGUGAAAACUAUAGUUAAUGAUCUAGUUAACUAGUCACAAUAUUCCGUCCAAUGCACGCAUUACUUACAUAAAUUGAAAUAUAAUUUUGAUCUGUCUUUAUUUGUAAUUGUAUUUGUUAUAUAAGUAUCCGAGGAUUUAGUUUUUUAAAUGUAUUUUUGGAAUAUUAAGGUGCUGUUGAUAUAAAUUAUUAUUGUUAUAGGUAUCCAUUCAUAUAUGUAUUGUUAAAUAUAAGUUGUACAUAUAACAUAUCGUUAUUUAGGAGAGGAUAGGUAAUUUAUAGUUAUAAUAUUAUCAUACAUAACCAAAUGCAGGAGAAGCUCAAUCCAAAUGGUGCUAUUUUGUUAGGCGUUGGUGGUAGUGAGUUCGUGACACCAUCAGAUUCAUAUAUUUUGUAUAUAUUUACAUAAGUAAUCUUGUUUAAAAUUUAAAAAUAAAAUGUUACAUUCCA